AUGUCAUCCUCUAGAGAACAAGAGUUGUCGGCGAAAAGUGCGACUUCCGGAACGCCACGAAUCAGUUCUGGGGGUUCUGACACACGUAGCGUUUCAACAGAGAGCAAAAGCAUAGCGCCGAAAAACGACCCCAAGAACAAGAAUCUGCAGCCUGCAGUGGUAUCUGUUGUUCAGGAGCAGGCAGAGACCCCAAAUUUUGUUCAUAUUAUGCCCAACUCGACCGGCACCAACACGGGGAACAAUGUGCCCACUAACCAGACAGGGAUAUCCAACCAGCCCACGAUAGGGUCUGGGAACUCCACAACGAACGGGCCGGUGACGAUCACACGCCAGAUGAGUUCCUCGGACGUGAAUAAGAACACAAGUCCCACAAACGUGGGCGGGGGGUCAGACUCGUUUUUGACCCACCUCAAGUCGAAAAGGUCGGUUAUAGAGGGGCCUGUUUCUGAGGAGGCGGUGAGAGCGAAAAAAGCAGGACCAAGUUCCAGUCUGAUGAAUUUACGAAAUACAAACACAGUUUCCUCCACCACCACGGUGCAAAGCAAGGCGUCUUCACGAGCGGAAUUUUUUGCGGCAAAGUUGCACGAUGCCAUUAAGGUUGACGACAAAAAUAGCUCUGAUUCCGAUGAGACGUUUGUGUAUGAUACUUCUGCGAACGAGCGGCCGACGGCGGAGACAGAGACCGCGAACGAGGAGACAUUGACGUUGCAACAGCCUGCGAUCGACGAUGCUCGAGAAAAGCAAUCGAGUACGGGGACGGUGCAAUCGACCAGACCAGACGACGUUGCGAGCGAGAUUGUGAGCAAUAUGUCAGAAGCCGGGGUUUUGCAGAAUAAUUUCAACUCCACAAAUAGCCAGGAUAUCCAUGUCGAAGCCACAGCUCUGCCACACGGCACGGAUAAAAACAAGCUGCGGCAGAUCACGUCUCGAGUUUUCGAUUCGAAGGGUGUUAAUCCACGAAGAUACUCGGGAAUGAACUUUGACAAUGAUCCAGAGGAGAACUACAGGGACCAGCAACUCAACGAGGGAGAUCUGUAUUCAGACUCCGGGGAAGAAAUGUCUUUAAGUGAUCAUGCAUACAACUACGGCAGCAUCAACUCUGACGGCUACUACAACAAUUAUCCAAGCGGCCUGUAUUUCCAGCAGCCCGUGUUGGAGUCGCGCAACGGCAAGGUGGCCACUAACAAGUUGAAACGGAAACCAAACAACCUGUAUUUUUCGCCGCACGAUUUUACCGGAGCACGCGAGGUGCGCAUACGACAGAUCAAGAGUUUCUGCUACACGGUGGGGCUGAUCUUUGUGCUGCUGAGCGUUGGGUUCAUCAGCGGGUUCAUUCUUGCCACCACCAAGGAGCUACAACACACCACAUAUUCCAUUUCCGACCUGAUCAUCUCGCAAGAAGAGCUGGUGUUUAAUUUGGGCGUCGAGAGCUUCAACCCGGGGUUCCUGGACAUUGUUGUGCAGGACGCCAAUAUUGACGUGUUUGCUCGGUCCGAAUUCGUGCUGGGGUCGGAAGACGUGGAUAAACCCAAGAAAAAGCCGCCAGUUGCCAGCACCGUGUUACUGGGAACAGUAACCGGAUUGGACGUUCCGCUGCGGUUUCAAGGCGGCUUCUUCACCCGGCAAAAGGAUGUGAGUGUGACGGAAAUCAAGGUGCUAAAUCCUUGUUCUUUUGAGGAAACAGACGAGAUGACGAUAUUGGAGCCGUCUGAGAAGUGGCUCAAUAUUUCCAGAAACCCGUUUGACCUUAUUCUGCGAGGCGUGUUGAGCUACCAGCUGCCUAUCUCGACCUCGAACCAGACCAUGAGCAUCAGCAAGACCAUGAAGGUGAGCCCUCAGGAUCUGGGUAUUCUGGACCCGGGGGUUCGUUUUACAGGGCUACGAUAA